UUCCUUCCUUUCCUUUUUCCUUUCCUUCUAUCUUUCCUUCCUCUCCUUCUAUCUUUCCUUCCUCUCCUUCAGUCUUUCCUCCCUCUCCUUCAGUCUUUCCUUCCUAUCCUUCAGUCUUUCCUUCAGUCUUUCCUUCCUCUCCUUCUAUCUUCCUUCCUCUCCUUCAGUCUUUCCUUCCUUUCCUUCUAUCUGUCCUUCCUUUCCUUCAGUCUUUCCUUCCUUUCCUUCUAUCUUUCCUUCCUCUCCUUCAGUCUUUCCUUCCUUUCCUUCUAUCUUUCCUUCCUCUCCUUCAGUCUUUCCUUCAGUCUUUCAUUCCUUUCCUUUUUCCUUUCCUUCUGUCUUUCCUUCUAUCUUUCCUUCCUCUCCUUCAGUCUUUCCUUCAGUCUUUCCUUCCUCUCCUCCAGUCUUUCCUUCCUUUCCUUCAGUCUUUCCUUCAGUCUUUCCUUCCUCUCCUUCUAUCUUCCUUCCUUUCCUUCAGUCUUCCUUCCUCUCCUUCAGUCUUUCCUUCAGUCUUUCCUUCCUUUCCUUUUUCCUUUCCUUCUAUCUUUCCUUCCUCUCCUUCUAUCUUUCCUUCCUUUCCUUCAGUCUUCCUUCCUCUCCUUCAGUCUUUCCUUCCUUUCCUUUUUCCUUUCCUUCUAUCUUUCCUUCCUCUCCUUCUAUCUUUCCUUCCUUUCCUUCAGUCUUCCUUCCUCUCCUUCAGUCUUUCCUUCAGUCUUUCCUUCCUUUCCUUUUUCCUUUCCUUCUAUCUUUCCUUCCUCUCCUUCUAUCUUUCCUUCCUCUCCUUCAGUCUUUCCUUCCUAUCCUUCAGUCUUUCCUUCAGUCUUUCCUUCCUCUCCUUCUAUCUUCCUUCCUUUCCUUCAGUCUUCCUUCCUCUCCUUCAGUCUUUCCUUCAGUCUUUCCUUCCUUUCCUUUUUCCUUUCCUUCAGUCUUUCCUUCCUUUCCUUCAGUCUUUCCUUCCUCUCCUUCAGUCUUUCCUUCAGUCUUUCCUUCAGUCCUUCCUUCCUUUCCUUCAGUCCUUCCUUCCUCUCCUUCAGUCUUUCCUUCCUCUCCUUCAGUCUUUUCUUCAGUCUUUCAUUCCUUUCCUUUUUCCUUUCCUUCUGUCUUUCCUUCUAUCUUUCCUUCCUCUCCUUCAGUCUUUCCUUCCUCUCCUUCAGUCUUUCCUUCCUCUCCUUCAGUCUUUCCUUCCUUUCCUUCUAUCUUUCCUUCCUCUCCUUCAGUCCUUCCUUCCUCUCCUUCAGUCUUUCCUUCCUUUCCUUCAGUCCUUCCUUCCUUUCCUUCCCUCCUCGGUGUAUUUAGCAGCAGAUAUGAAUGCGUCCUCUCGCUCUCGUUUCCUCUCCUUAGACUAAAGAUCGGAGCUGCUUUGAUUAUAGAUUUAUUCAGGAUGAGGAGGUGAAAGUUCAACAUCGUGUUUCAGGAGGUUCAGAUGUAAACGUCUUGAUUACCGAUAGAUUUAAAGAAGUUCGUCUUUCUCCGAUCUUUGAGUGAAUAAAUGAGGACAGUCAUUCUUCAUGUGGGGACCAUGAUUUAUCCAUGAUCCGGUUCCUGGUAUUCAUGACGGUCUCUCUCGGUCUGCAGGGACCUUCAGCCUCUGGUGCCACCCCAAGUUCGAGGACCGCUGUCACUCGGUGGUGGAGUUCAUCGAGCGAGCCAUCAUGCACUCCAAGAACGGAAAAUUCCUCUACUUCCUGCGCUCCAGAGUCCCAGGUAAAAAAAUGGGUCAUAUACGUCUGAGCUGAUCAAAAAUGGAUGUGGGCCCCACUUAGAGACGGGGACCCGGGAGACCGGGAGGAGAGGAUCCCAGGGUCUCUGAAUUAUUCAGGAUGGCGAGGACGCCGUUUCUCCGUCCUCCAUGUCAGGGUGAAAGGUUUACGUUCAGGGGUCCCUGCUGGUCCUGGUGUCUUCGUGGAUACCGUCUCCUGGUUCAGGGUCCGGUCUGAAUCAGUCUGAAGUUCUGUCAGUUUCAGAAUUUGUUAUCGGACUGAGACCAUCUGCUUUUCUCCUGAUUCGCUUCUUCUACGAUUUUUUGGAUGCCGAUUCGAUUUAAAUUGCCAUUCUACGAUAUUGUCGAUUUUCUCCGUUUUUAGUCUGUAUUUUUAACAAACAGUGAAACAGUCGAAUAAUAAUGAUUAAUGAUAAACGUCACAUCUCAGUCCGUUUUUAGGAUUUAUUCUUACAAAAAAUCAAUUAAAAAAAUUGUAAAACCAAAAAUCGUGAUACUUGUGGGAAUCGAUUUUUCUCCCACCCUGGACUGUUGUAUAAACUUCUGUUUUCGAGAUGUGGGUCCAUGCGGUGAAUCCCACUCCAGAGUCACAUGUGUGGUCUCCCUGGGAGGUGGACUUGUUCCCACUGACCUCUCUCUAAUUUAAACCUGAUAAUCCAGUCCCACUAAGUCUGGAUUUAAUAACCUGGUUUAAUCUGGUUUCAAUGAGGAGUUUAGUUGAACCGUAGUCCAGUCCAGAAUGAAGAGUCUUAAAGGGAUAUUCCGGCAUAAAAUUAAUUUAGGCUCAUUAUUUGUGGCUAUAGAGUGGCGUUUUGGUUGAGGUUUGUUUAUGGCUCCUCAGACCUCUCUGUAUUUCUAUCCUGCGGUCGUUACUAAAGUUGGUAUAAGUAGAGAAGCAAGCGGUUGACAACAUUAGCUGCGUUUCCAUUACAUUUUUUCGCAUAAUAAAACUGAUGUUUAUCAAAUUUCGACAAAGUUCAAUUGCGAUUUGCGGGUGUUUCCAUUGAAUGGUGUUCAGUACAUAAGCGAGCCGUCUGCCUCUCGCGAGCCGUGUUUAAAUGGCCGUUGCCUAGCAACAAGGUAUACUUCCUGCCCGUGCGACCUCGUAUUCCUUAAGCCUUUUUGCACACCGACAUUGGAGCAGCUAUUUCUGUGACCAUUACUGCUGUUGUCACUGCUGUCAUCAGAAGACGAAGGCAGCGGGUGAUAAUUCAAAGGCAAAGCUCGUAUGUAUGGGAGCGAACACGGAGGAGCGAUUUCUGGGAGAGGAUCGUUAAUGAGGAAUUCACAGACGAAUUGUGGAUUCAAAACUUCAGAAAAAUACAAAUACAAUUCAAAACUUCAGAAAUAAGUCCGUCUCCUCCCCCGUCCACAUAUACCGUGCCAUCUACGCUUGAAAUGAACUGGUCACUUGACCCGCUACGUCACGUCCGGUGACAGAGAAUUGCGAGAAAAGUGUUUCCAUUACACUUUUGCGAUAUACUUCUAUAUCGACACUUCUGAAAAACCACCUCAUGAGAGCGUAAAAACUUUUUAGCGAUAUUUGGGAGGUUUUUCGAAAUGUAGGUGUUUCCAUUACCAGUUUUCUAUUGCGAUAUUUAGGUUUUGCGCAAAUCUAUGGGUAAUGGAAACGCAGCUCAUCUCUGUAUUAAUUUAACGACAGAAUAUCCCUUUAAAUCUGGUAAUUCAGGUCCUCUUGAAUGGGGAUGUGUAGCAACAUAUGACUUCAUCCGUGUGUGUGUGUGUGUGUGUGUGUGUGUGUGUGUGUGUGUUGCAGGGCUUCCUCCCACCCCGGUCCAGCUGCUCUACCCCGUGUCCCGCUUCAGUAACGUCAAAUCUUUACAGCAUCUCUGUCGCUUCUGCAUCCGACAAAUCGUCCGCAUCGACCACAUCCAGGAGCUUCCACUGCCCAGGUACUCCGCUCUGAUCACAUGACUCCUCCAGGGUCAUGUGAUCAUCUGAACCCGCGUCUGUUCUUCAUUUACGAUGAUCUCAUUAUGUUCAUGUUUUCAUCUCCAGACCACUAAUAUCCUACCUGAGUAAGUUUUAUUACUACGACCCCGAGGAGGAGAUGUACCUGUCAAUCAAGACCAUCAGGAGGGUGAUGGGGGCGGAGCAGGAGGCGGAGUCACAGACGUAGCAGCAGAGAUCGUCUGAGCCGUCACUGUAGGUCUUUGUUGAGGUUCACUGAUGGUCCUGGUCCGGCUCUUCUCUAACCCUCUGUCUCUGUGCAGGUUCCUGUGUUCUGGUCUACAGAGUCCAAUCAGAGUCCCUGAAGAUCUGAUGUGGUCAGUCGGACUUGGAUGGACCCCCUCUCUUCUUAUAAGGACUAAACUGAACGAGGGGGGGGUGUCUGCAGGGGGACGAUGGAGAAAACUGUGAUGAUGAUGAGGAGGAACUUGAGAGAGUGAAUCCUGGAGUGGAUUUCCUGAACCUGCUGGACUGGACUUUAAAACUCUCGAUGCACUGGUCAAUUUGUACAACUGUUGUUUGCUGCCGUUUCCUUGUUUUUCCUCCCACUCUGUCAAAAGAAGGACUUUUAAACUCGAGGAUGUCCUCAGGGUCGAUACGCACGCACAGAGGCAGGGCGGCGGCGGGGGAGGGGGCUGUCGGCGGGCUCCCCGGCUAUCCUGGUGAAAAGGUUCCACAGUUCUGACCACAGCGCUAACGCUGCGCUCAGUGAAAUCAGGACUUAAAGCUCCUGUGAGAAGUUUGAAAUGGUCAUGAAACAGAAGAGUGACCUUCAGUUGUCCGGUCUUGAUCGGAAUAAGGCGAUAAUUCGAGAGAGAGGGAAACACAAGUACAGAACAAAAUCCACACUUUGGCCACAGGGGGCGCCACAAUCGACAAAACCCAAAAGUUCCUUACAGAAACUUUAAAAAGUCUAAAUCUUAUUUCCACAGAGAGAUCGCAGAAAUCCGAUUUGAGCGUAGACUCGGUCAGGAGCCGUUUGAGCCUCAUGGGGAGUUUGAGUUUUUAAAGAGUCACUUUGAUCGUUUUUGUUCUCAUCGAGGCCGUCGAUUAAAAAAAGACGUUUUAAUGAGGUUAGUAAAUAUUCAGACCUCUGCUGCAUCUACAUCGUUUAUUUAACGGUUUUAUUAACAGGAGCACAAUCAUGAUUCUGAGACAUCAGGAGAGGAUUUCAGUCGUUUCACUUCUACUUUAACAACAUCUACGUUAAACUGACCUGAUCCAGGGGCUGAUCCAGAGUGUUUGGACUGGGGUGGCCAGGUGGGAUAGACACCCCACAUCAAAGAGAGUAAUCUCCACCAAUCACAGUUAACCUCUGACAGAGAAAUGAGCACACCUUGACCUUUAUGAACUUUCUCGUUCAGGACUCAGAGAGAAGACGUUUCUGCAAAGUCAGCAUUAAAGUCCGCGUUGACGAUCUGAAAAGAACUGAGUCGUUGAGGCGGAUUAGAAAAAAGUGUCACCUUCCCCCACACACACAAACCUCUCCCCUCUGUGCUCCACCAUAACUCCGCCCCCUGAACCUGUAUCGCCCUCCCCACGACACGCCCCCUCUGGCAGAAGAUCCUACGCUAGCUUCAAACAGGAUUCACCAUGAAAACACGCUCGUCUAACGUCGGAUUAUUCUGACUCUUUAAAACGACACGGUGACUCUCCGUAUGUUUGACGUUCAGAGAAAUCUUCACAUGACUGAAGGAAAAAUACACCAAAGAAAAAACCUCAGAAUUUAAGUUAAAACACGUAUAAAUCUGUUUUUUUUCUGUUGAAAUGAUGAAACUCGUGUUUUUUUAGCGCAGACUUCUCCUCCGUCAGGAAUCUGUGGUUGAAGCUCAGAUGUUCAGAUGUUCAGAUGUUCAGACGCAGAGAAGCUCAAACUUCAGGAGGUUGUCUCAUAUUUACUUCGCCUGUCGUCUGGAUUUGGCUUCAGUCUUCAGAGACGGCGAGAUAACACCCAGAUGCUUCAGAUUUCCCACAAUGCCCUGCCUCAGAGUGUGCGUACCUGCCGUGACUCGUCUCUACCUGUCCGUUUGAUUUGUUGAAAUGCCCAGGUGUAUUUUGCUCAUUCUGUUUCUCAGUACCCUGAAGCUGACUGAAGCUCAGCCUUUUCAGUAAAAGAAGAAGAAAAUCUA